AUGCCGAGGGGGGUGAAGCGAGGUCCGGUGGAGGGCGAGGCAGAGGUGGUAGUGCGCGCUGGGGCGUCUCCGUCGCAAACCAAGCUACUGGAUGACAGCCCCAGUCAGCCCAUUAGCUAUCACCUUCUGGACCAUGGGUAUGGCGCCACACCACAGCACCAGAUCAGACGGGAGGCGCCUUCCGCACCGCCAAAGACAUCAGAAGCGGUUAAAAGAAGACUGAACCUGAGUGAGAGUAGUUCUGGUAGCCAAGGGCACGUGGUGCCUAUGAAGGCAGACUUCAAGACGCCCAAACAGAAACGAGUCAAAGUGCUCGUCCCGUACAGCCGACCGUCCAGUUCUAUGAAUAAAAAGUACACCGAACGUUCCAGGUUUGACACAUCAUUAGGUUUACUUACUAAAAAAUUUGUCGAGCUACUUAAGACAUCGCCCAACGGCGUGCUCGAUUUAAACAUAGCGGCGGAGCAUCUGUCGGUUCAAAAACGUCGUAUUUACGAUAUCACUAAUGUUUUAGAAGGUAUAGGAAUAUUAGAAAAGAGAUCGAAGAAUAAUAUACAAUGGAAAUAUGGCGUGGGUGGCGCAGCGGGCCUGGGCGCGUGGCGGGGGGACAUGGACGAGUGGCGAGCGCGCCGGCUCCGACGGGAAGUGCGAGCGCUCGCCGCGCACGAGGCGAGGGUGGCGCGCGCCGUGCAACUGGCCGAGACAGCGCUGUCCCGCCUGUCCGCCGACCACGGCGCGAGGGCUUACAUCACGUACGCCGACCUCCGGUCCAUACGCGACUUCAGGAAUCAGACGGUUAUACCAAUCAAGGCGCCACCUGAUACCAGGCUCAGCGUGCCGCAUCCUGACGAGAAAGGGUACAUGAUACAUUUGAAGUCCAUGACGGGUGAGAUCGAAGUCUUCCUCUGUCCAAAAGAAAGGCCUCCUUCGCCGACACCCACAUCAAGUCGAACUUCGGAUCCGUUGCUAGAAGACAAUAAGGUGCUAUUGGAGUCGCUCAAAGCGCAUCUACAGUCGCUGCCGUUUAGUUCUGUAACAGCAGAAUUUGCUACACCUGUGAAGCGAGAGCCUGAGGAAAGCAGUGAGAGUUCCCGCUUGUGUGUGACCGCGGGCGCGUCACGGACGCCGUGCGUUACCGAUCCCACUCUACCGCUCGCCACUCCGCUCUCCGCUCCGCUCUCCGCUCCGCUUGUGCCGACCACGCCACCUGGACACAGCACACAACAACUAGCGGAUCUCUCCACACUAUCUACGCCCGACGGUUAGUAUUUGAGUCAAUAAAUCGGUUUAUGCCGAGUUUGAUGAUUAUUGUAAAAGUUCUCCACUAAGACCUCUACUACAAAGUUGAAGAAAAGAACACUUUUUAUAUCUUAAGCAAGGUUAAUUCAAGGGGUAACUAACUUUUUAACAAUAUAGAAUUAUAAAUACAAGUUUUAUUGUGGCAAAAUUCUGAAACAUAUUUGGUUUUUUCAUUUCCAUAUACCGCUUAGACUUCAUUCCUUGGUACAUAAUCAAUAAAAAAUUGUGAUUUACGCCCCCUCUUAACGGUAAAAUUCUUCUUAUAAAUUAACAAAUGCAUCAGCGAAUUUACGUCACAGAUAAAAAUUGUAAAAAGAAAUAGCCUUUCCUUUGACCUACUGUCAUAACUCUUAAUCUGUUAUUGGUCAAUAAAGUAUACAAUAAAUUGUAUAUUUAAUAAAUUUUGUAUUUACAAUGCUAUACAUUCUUCGCUAAGAGUAUAAUAUAAAUGUUGAAUAUUAUCUGCACAGCGGACUGUAUAGCGCGGGGUCGACUACGAAACGCUUUGAUAGCGGACAGUGACGACUUCGCACCCAUCGGUCGUUUCCAGCUCCAGACAGAAGACCAGGAAUCAGAGUCGCUGGAGUUGGAGCCUUUCCUCGCGCUGGAGCCGCCGAUGUCCGCCACCGACUACGGUUUCUGCCUCGAUCACGACGAGGGUCUCUCCGAGCUGUUCGACUUCGAGUUCUGAACCGGCGUGAAGUUCUUAUUGACAUUCUAAUGAUCGUUCGCGAGAUGGUGGCAAAAGUUCCCGUUCACGUUCUUGCAAUAAUAAUACGCAAUUUAUUUAUUUUCAACGGUGACUUUCGUGGCUGGAAUGUGUUUAUUUUGACAUAACAUAGUUGAAUACCAGCACUUUAAUUUAUGUAUUUUAGUUUGUGUUCCAAGCGGUGAAAUAACAGAUUAUUAUUUACACUAUUUUAC